AUGAGCACUCAAGACAGUCGACUUCUUGCCCUACCAGGCGAACUGCGAAACAAGAUCUACAGCUUCUGCGUGGAGCCGGUGCCUGUCUCGCUACGUCUCCGCCACGAAGACAACACUGAGCCAGUGGGAAAGUUCCGCUGCUUAAUGCAGACAUGUCGACAAAUCCGACGCGAAUUCCAACCUCUCUAUAAGAAUCAAACCACCAUUCGGCUAGAAUCCACCUACCACUACGCUCGGUAUAUCCGCGAUUUCUACCCCCCAGCUGACGAGGAUACUAUGUUGCGUUACCGUGGAAGCAUCAUCAGUUUAAUCAACCACAGCUCUGAUACGUAUGGCGAGAAAGAAUUCUACGAUGUUGAUAUUGCUCGUGUAGUCCAGCUUGUCGCACGUUCGCCUAAUGUACAAUUCAAGUUCGAACUACAUGAGCGUUUGCGAAGAUUUAGUGCACGGCACGCUGUCGCACAAAUGAAUAGCAUGCUGGCGUUGUUUGCUGAUCCGUCCCAGUCGAAGUGGCGCGACAUGGCCAAGGCAACCAAAGAGCUGAGGCUUAGGAUCUGGAAUAACGAUUCGAAAAUAAGAAUCACCAUGAACGAGGAAAUGGCCAGGCAGUGGAAGAGUACGGUCUUUAGGAUCUGGGACGACGCAACUGAGCCCACGCGGGGCAUACGGGAAAUCAGGCUUGCAUAUGCUGAUUCAAAUGCAAGUUGGCGCCCUUAUGUUCGUCGCUACGAGUUCCCUUUCGAUGACUAUCGGGACAAGACCAUUAGUUGGUCAUGGAGUGUUCCGUAA